GUUUUAUGAUGCUACGAUGUACCAAGUACAUGUGUCGAAGCGACCAGAGGCGCAACUGCAGCCUUUCCUGACACAUAAUGGAAACAACGUCGAAGAGACGACUCAAGAGCGAAAAGAAACACAGAAAUGGCGGAAGAGCUUGUAUAUGUUUAUACUACUGGGACUUGCAGUACUCUGUGUCAACACUGCCUUCCUAGUGUGGGCACUACGUACAAGAGGCGCGACAAACGGUGUUGGCAUACUCUACGAAGCGACCUGUGAUUACACCAAGAAGGUUAACAUUGGCGUACAUUUGCUUAUCAACAUUUUGAGCACCGCGAUUCUAGGUGCGAGUAAUUAUUGCAUGCAAUGUCUUUCAGCUCCUACCCGAUCCGAAGUCGAAGACGCACAUCGAAAAGGAAACUGGCUCGACGUCGGUAUACCCAGCAUGGGAAAUAUCAUGUCGUCGAGUUUUGGGGCGCGCAAGAAGGUUUGCUGGUGGAUUCUAGGGCUGUCUUCGUUUCCCUUGCAUCUCUGCUACAACUCGGUAGUCUUCAUGUCCACCUCAGCCCAGACAUACGGCAUCAUCGAAUUUGGCCCUGAGACAAAGGCUGCGAUAGAAAAUGGCAGCUUCAACGGCUCAAUGAACACUACCAGUGCGGGCGGUUAUACCAGCAACCCGUACGUCAACGGCCAACUGUACGCAGAGGCUUUCAAAGCAGGCCGGCUGGAGAACCUUACGCUGCGCGAGUGCAUCGAUGCUUACAGUGCCACUUUUCAAUCAGCAAGAGGCAACGUCUUCCUUGUCGUUGACGAAGGUGUCAUGGGAGCCGACGAGAUUUACGGCGCAUCCAACUACAUUGAACGCAGCGGUACUUGCUCCGCAGACACAGGCACAUCAUGGAUCUACAGACAAUUUGAAGGUGAAGCCGGUUCGUGUUUCGAGCAGCAAGCCGGUCGCUUCUUGCCUCGGCUCCAGGAUGAUCCGUCGAUAUGGGCACCGUUUGCUGGUCACCCAGUGCGAAGUUGCCUUAGCGAGCCCACGGGGCCGACAUGCAAGUUGAGCUUCAGUGUUCAUCUGAUGUUGAUAGUCAUUGCGUUUAAUGUGGUGAAGAUAUCUGCCAUUUUGAUCGGUCUCUUCACUCUUCGCAACGACCCGAUGUUAACGGUUGGAGAUGCGGUGGCAUCGUUUCUUCGCGAGCCGGACACGAUAGCGCACAACAUGUGUCUUGUAUCUCAGCAAGACAUUCAUACUGCGAGAAAAGGAUGGCCAGUACAGCAGCAACCGAGAACUUUUACAAUGAACUCGGGUAGAUGGUCUUCAGCAGUCAAAAGAGGAAAGCGAUGGACCGUUCGUCUCGCCCUAUUCACAGGCAUCAGCGUCCUAAUCUUCCUCUUCUUCUAUGCCUACAUCUCAAUCCGAGGCGACAACAGCCUCCGCAGCAUCCUGGGCAUUGGCCUCGGCAACGUCGAUGCACGCACCAUUGUGCAAGACGGCACCGCCUCGUCCGGCCUCCUCGGUGUCUUUUCAAACGUCUUUGUAGCAAACAGUCCGCAAGUAAUCAUCUCCCUCAUCUACUUCUCCUACAACGCAGCCAUCACGUCGAUGCUCCUUGGAGACGAGUGGUCCACCUUCUUCAAUCGGUACAAGCCACUUCGCGUUUCAACGAGUCGGCGGGGACACCAGCGCAGUACGUAUUUCCUGCAGCUUCCGUAUCGAUAUGCUUUGCCGCUCUUGGGGUUUUCGACGCUACUGCAUUGGUUGGCGUCGCAAAGCCUGUUUGUAGUUUCGGUCGAGUUGUAUAAUAUGCAUGGCGUACAUAAUAAGGUUGGAGGAUGCCAACACUGGGACCCGGAGUUCCUUUUACCCAAUGGCAAAACCUACAGUAAUAGAUGUGGAGAGGACUUUAUCUCUCUCUCUUUUUCGCCAUUGGGUAUCCUGCUUUCCUUGAUCGUUGCUGUCAUUUUGGCGAUUGGCAUGUUCAUCUUGGGUAGGAAGAAGCUGAGUCCUGCUCCGAUGGUGGGGUCUUGCAGUGCGGCAAUCGCCGCAUCUUCUUAUGCAAGGCCGUAUGAAGUUGCGCCAUGGGAGAAGGAACUCAAGUGGGGUGCUUUCAUGUUGCAUGGUGAUGAACAGUAUUUUGUUAUGCCGCACUGUGGUCUCUCGAGUCUCGAGGUUUCGCAGCCUAUUUCUGGACGACAAUAUGCUUAGUCCUGGUAUGGUAAUCAUAAUAUAUGACUGAAAAAUUAGGAAUGCUAUUUUUGUACGAGCAAAUAUCUCUAAAGGGUAUAAUUCUUAUCUUGGUGCUAGAGAAGUACAUAGGCUUGUCUGAGGG